UGCGGAGGCUAUCCCUUGAGGCGAGAGAGCGGCGAUCUCUUGUGACUCGCUGGGAAGACACCGCAGGUAAUGACAGUGCGUCCCGGAAGAAGCAAGCGAUCGCUAAGAACUCCUACAUUAUUGGCAAGCUAGGAUACAAUCAAUCCUUUGCUUCUCUUCCUUUUCUUGCGAGAUAGAGAAAGACUUAUGGCAAAUGCUUCCUUCCUCUGGCAGAUCAAACGGAGCGCCACGACGAGGUUUUAUCGACCCGCGAGCGCUGAUGAAAAUCAUCGGCACAAAGAUGGGUUUCAUCUGAAGAUCGUCUCAAAUGAGGAGGAGAAAACUUAUCGCAUCCAGUGCUCUCACCGCAAAGCUCAAGUCCACCACCGAAUUGAAGACACCACCUUUAGCAGAUGGAAGAUUGCUGAGCACUUGCAAAGGCCAGGAACCAUCCUCGUUCUGCAUCUUGAGGAGCAAGUCUACAUCUAUCGUGUUCCGGAUUCCAAAACCCCUGCUGAGCAGAAUCCUUUUGGCAACGUCCAGUGGCUUCGACUCGGUCUCGUUCCCGAUCCGGUUGACGAGAGCCGCCUCCAUCGCUUGAUACACGAGAUCAAAGUUGGGAAUCUCCCUCUUCUCUCCAAACGUCGCGAGGACCCGGCCAUACAUGAACAAGAAGUCCUCCUGGCUGAGAUUCUCGUUGUGGCGGACAACCGGGUGAUCUUCCAUGGAGAGCGCAUAGGCGAGAUAGACAACGUUGGCUAUGACGACCGGAUCCACUCGAGGCCGCUCCACGUCCAGAAAGUGCAUAGCUUGCGCGGAGGUGACGAGACUAAGAUCAAAAAGUGUGGAGACACAAGUCGACAUGGUGUCGAUGUCCGGCGGAUAGCGCGAGACGUCGGCACCGAAGUAACCGAAGGGAUGGCCGCGCUUGAUCAGUACCUGGAGAUAUUUCAUCCAGCCGAGAGGAAUGAUCUCCGGAAGGCACCAGGCCGCCACGCAGGGAAAGAAGAUCUCGGAGACGAGCUCGUGCCGGCCAUUGUCAAGCAGCUUCACAGCUCGAGGCAGCAGGAACCGACGCUUCAAGAAGUCCUGGCAAGCUUUCUUGUUGGGCGAGGCAUACGGGAGAGCGAGCAAGCUCUCGAAGGCAUGUAGCGCGGCCAUCUCCACGCUUUUAUCGACAAUCACAGCAUGGGACCUGAUAUCUCCAAGGAGGGAAUCUAGAUCGCGGGAGAUUGUAGCGAAGUUCUUCCAGAGCGACACCGGGAAGAGGCUGUAAACUCGCUCCCACUCUUGUGGAGGAAUAUCAAUCCAUCCCAGGAGCUGCUGCCUCGUUGACUGGAGCAGUGACAGUAGCUCCUUGUCCACCUCGCAGCUGGAAGCGGCCUCGAGCAGCAUGGAAUCCACGAGAGCUGGGUCCGUGAGCUUGAAUUUGCGCGAGAUUGUCGAGAUUGCGGCAGUGCGAUCGAGCUCCCCGCAAGAAUAGGCCAAGAAGGAGGAGUGCUGGAGAGCCCUGCGGAGGAGAUCUCCCCGGGGGCCAUUGUCUCCACAUCCAAACUUGAGCAAGCAAGCAAAGCUAAUGAUUAUCAUCUUCUCA